UAAUUAAUGAUGGUUCAACCGGAAGAGCUUUUUAUGCGACUUGUAAAAACUUUACACGCGUUAGCCAGCUGGAUGGGCGGAAAGGGAGUCGGGCAAAGACAAACAUGAACAAGUUGAAGUCCUCACAGAAGGAUAAAGUUCGCCAGUUCAUGAUUUUCACACAAUCCAAUGAGAAGACUGCACUGACCUGCCUGUCACAGAAUGACUGGAAACUAGAUGUUGCCACUGACAAGUUUUUCCAAAGUCCAGAGCUCUAUGUAUCAAAUCUCAAGGGGGCCUUAGACAAGAAGAAGCUCGAUCAGCUGUACAACAGAUAUAGAGAUCCCCAUGAUGACAAUAAGAUCGGCAUUGAUGGGAUCCAGCAGUUCUGUGACGACCUGGCUCUGGACCCAGCCAGCAUCAGUGUCCUCCUCAUAGCCUGGAAGUUCAGGGCAGCAACACAGUGCGAGUUUUCAAAACAGGAAUUCAUGGAGGGCAUGGCUGAACAGGGGUGUGACACCAUAGAGAAGCUAAAAGCUCAGCUGCCAAAGAUGGAUCAAGAGUUGAAGGACCAAGGGAAAUUUAAGGACUUUUACCAGUUUACAUUUAAUUUUGCAAAGAAUCCUGGCCAGAAAGGAUUAGAUUUAGAAAUGGCAAUUGCAUAUUGGAAUUUAGUACUGGCUGGAAGAUUCAAGUUCCUGGACUUGUGGAACAGAUUUUUAGUUGAGCACCACAAACGAUCAAUUCCUAAGGACACUUGGAACCUCUUACUAGACUUCAGCACAAUGAUCACAGAUGACAUGUCGAAUUAUGACGAGGAAGGCGCUUGGCCCGUCCUUAUUGACGACUUUGUGGAGUUUGCACGACCACACAUCGGGACCAAAAGCACGGCAGUUUAAGGACCGCUCUCACUAAAAGGAUGUGAAGUUUCUAACAAAUCAAACCCGCAGCUAACGGAGGACAAGGGGACCGCACUGAGCUGAGAACUAUGUUGCCUUUUCAACCCUCAGGACUGAAAUAUUUUACACAGCAGAGACUUUAUACAUGUGUGUGUGUAUUUACAUAUAUAAAAAAGGCAUAUCUCUUUGUUGGUCAACUUGUGGUGGUUUGAAACUUUUAUCUAAAGUAUUCGGCUUUUUGUGUGCGCUCAAGCCAACUAGAGAGGAGUCCCCAUCAUGGCCUCCCCCCUGGUCCAUGGAUGUUUGGGGGUCCGCUCUACAGCAGGUAGAAAGACCCACUUUUGAAUUGUAAUCUAAAACACGAGGGUUCUCGAGGGGAUGUCGUUCUUUAAAUAUUGAAUUUUAAUACUCUUGUGUGCAUUCCUGAUUUUGUUUUAUGGAUACAUUUGUUGCGACAAGUCAGUAUAAAACAUUGAUUGUAAUUUUUUUAAGCAUAAUGCUGUUUUGUUUAAACACAAAUGUAUAAAGAUAAAAUAAAUGUUUCAAUUUGGUAUCUUUAAA